AGCAAAUAGUUAAAAUCUAAGUCAACUUCUUUUUUAAUGAUCAUUUUCAGUGCAGUUGAAGACAAUUGUUUAUUUUUUUUAAGAUUCCAUACGAAUUGACGACUUGAAGACUUCUGAAUUUCGACCAUCAUAUCCUGCUGUACAGCUUGACCAAUUUUAACACACCUUUUAUUAUAAACGCGUUUUCAAACCACGGUUGAAAAAACGAAUUAAUUUAGAAAUCUAAAAAUCCAAUUGCACAAAAAAGUUUGACCUAUAUACUAGGUAGGCAGAGGUGUUCCCAUAGGGUAUACUACAUAUACGCCGUAUACUCUCAAGAUAUUUUGUGAAAACUAUGGGUAUACUGCGUAUACUCUCAAAUUAUAUACAAAAGUAAAAAAAAAAACUGGUUUUGGUUACUCAGAAAAUGCUAGACAACUGGAUUGCUUUUGCCAGUGACGGAGCAAGUGUAAUGACGGGUAAGAAAGCUGGAGUUGCUACUAAACUACGCGAAAAAAUUCCGAAUCUAUUUACCUGGCAUUGUUUAUGUCAUCGCCUCGAACUCUCAGUACAUGACGUAAUAAAAGAUUGUACUGGAGUCUCUCGUUUCCAAAGUCUAAUGGACAAACUCUACGCUUACUAUCAUCAAAGUCCUAAAAAUUCAAUGGGUUUAGAUAAAUCUUGUGUUGAAGUAGGCAUUGAAAUGAAAAAAAUAGGUCGUGUUUUGAAUGUACGCUGGUCUGCAAGCAGUUUUUGAACUAUAAAAGCCAUAUGGAAUAAUUAUCCGGGAAUAUAUUUACAUGUUAGUAAAACACAUGAUGCGACUUCAAACGGCAUAAAAAAAAAAAUUAGAAUCCUCUUCUUUUUUGGAGGAACUUGGACUUUUUUACGAUGUUCUUUCUGAGCUUGCAAUGUUAUCUUGUAUAUUACAGUCCAGAAAAACAACUCUAAUGCGUGCCCAGUCGGAGAUAAAUAGAACGAUUAGAAUUUUAGAAAGUCUGAAAGCUGAACCUGGGGAAAAAGAAAAGGAAACUAUAGAAGCUAUUCAGAAAGGAAUUAACAAAGGUGUCAAUAUUACAAUGACAAAAUCAGGAGGGAUUAACAGGUUACAAUUUUUGCAAAAUUUAGUAGACAGAAUGCGUCAACGCUUAUUUGAUGACUCAAAAAAUAAAACAAUGCUAGAAGACAUUCAGGUAAUUGAUGAAGUGUUCAAAGUAGCAACUAAUGAUGCAAAGGGAGAAGAUGAAGUUAAAAGAGUAUCACGGACAUUAGGUUUUUCUGAAUUUGAAAGUGUAGUUGACUUCCGUUCAAGAAAUGUUUUUUCUAGUUUCAUGAAAGCAUUAAAUAUACUCCCAACUUCAACAGCUGAUUGUGAACGAGGGUUUUCCGAUAUGAAUUUGACAAUAACUGAUUUAAGGACUAGAUUAAACAUUGAAAAUGUGUCAGAUUUGAUGUUCAUCUCUAUCAAUGGCCCUUCAGUUGCAGAUUUUAAUCCUAGACCUUAUAUUAAAAUUUGGUUAAGAGAUCACCCGUUCUGCCGUUUCCACUCCUAGAGGUAAAGAAAGAAAAGAAAUAGACGACGAAAAUAAGAUGCAGAAAUUAUUUUUUAACAAUUUAUUUAAUUAAAUUUUUUAGUAUUUGUAUAUUUUCAUAUUUUAUUGACUUAUAAAGGUAAUUUCAAGCUUUUUUUAAAAGUUUGAUUUUUUUUUCAUAUUUUUAACACAUCCUUUAUAAUUAUAGACCACAGUAAAAAUAUUUGUAUAUUAUUAAAUAUUCAUGUUUAUUACUAAAUCAUGGAUCUUCACCUCGACUAGUCUUAGUACACUCUCAAAAAAAAUAUUGGGAACACCUCUGUAGGUAGGUAGGUAUUGCGAAAACCUGAUUGUAUUCUAAAUUAAUAUAUUUGCCACGAAAAUACCCAUUA